CCUACUGCGCAUGUGCACAUGAGAGCGUGCGAAUGUCGACGGUGUAGUUUCUCGUCCCUUACUACAGGCGACUCCGUUCGAGUCCUGACAGUGCUACCUUUCACAAGUGUAUACAUUGUCAUACACGUUCGAUUCGAAAUAGACACCAGAACAUGGCGACAUUUCUGAGGGUCAUCAAUUUCUCUAAGCAGCUCCGCGGCUUUCGUGUUGCGUGGAUUCACCCAUUGCCUCAACACACGCAGCUUCCUAUCAUCAGUGAUGCAACUAAUAAGUGCUUUCCAUUAACAUCUGAAAUUGAAGGCUGUAGGAGAAUUAUCCAUCUGUCAGCUUCAAGACUGGAAGAGCACCUCUCUCAGGACAAAAAUGAAUUGUCAGAGGCAGCCUAUGAGAAGCUGGCUGAUGAGACGCUGGAUGCACUGGCUGAUUACUUUGAAGACUUAAUGGAUGAACCUUUCACUGGACCAGACUAUGAUGUUGUGCUCUCUAGUGGUGUGCUGACGGUACAAGUGGGUGGUCACCAUGGAACCUAUGUCAUCAACAAGCAAACGCCAAACAGACAGAUUUGGUUGGCAUCUCCAACAAGUGGACCAAAACGCUACGAUUGGACAGGUCGUGGUUGGGUCUAUAGUCAUGAUGGCAUCAGCCUGCACCAACUCCUGUCUGAAGAGUUUUCUACCAUCUUCAAAAAGAACAUGGACCUCUUUGGCCUGCCCAAGUCCUGAGACCACAAGGCUUAUAUUGUCCUGUUAUCGUUAGAGUUCUAAGGACAGCAAAUAAGAGUAUUUAAUGCCAUCCUUGAUUUGAGCAUCUGUUUAUAAUCAGUCAGCAGUAUUCAUAAGAGUUGUCAUUAUCUAGAUGCUGCCAAGUGUAUUUUAAGUACCGUAUUUUCCGCACUAAAAGGCGCACUGGAUUAUUAG